AUGCCCGACAAGUCAACCCUAUCAGCUAACUCCUCGGCGGGGGCGGGGCACAACAACAAGAAGAAGAAGAAGCCGAUGUAUAUUCGGCCGCCGGCACCGAUGGUGAACAUGAAACCAUCGAUAUGCGCCAAGACUUGGUACGAUCGAUGGGGCGAGAUGAAUUGCUUCCCUCUCACUGAAACCAAGCUCUUCUUCACCGACAGCUCCGCGCGCAUCUUCCGCUUCGAUGCCGACACCCACUGCAUCGACACCAUGCCCAGCCUCCACACGCCCAAGUCCUCCCCCUUGUCCUUCUCCAUCCCUCCAAAUCCGACCACCUCCAAGGAAGGCCAAGGCGAAGGCGGAGGCCUCUACAUCAUGGACAGGAUCCUCAGGCCCAACAAGGAGGGUCAGGUCCAGUUUGAGUCUAUCUCGUACCGCAGGCGCUGCAACCACUCCAGCAAGGCCUGGCACUGCGACGCCCUCCCGCCGCCGCCUUUCGUCCACGACCCGGCCUACAAACAAGCCUCCAUCUGCUCCUAUGCCCUGGUUGGCGGCCACACCAUCUGUAUCUCCAUCAGGGGCGUCGGCACCUACUUUGACACGCUGGCUUGCGAGUGGAGCAAGGCUGGCAACUGGCUCAUGCCGUUUCAUGGCAGGGCGGAGUAUGACCCGGAGCUCGGCCUCUGGCUUGGCGUCUCUGAGCGCAACAUCCACCUCCCCUGCGUCGCCGACAUCUCCGGUGUCCUCAGAGGGGAGGAGCCGCUGCGGGAGCACACUCGAAUCUGGGAGGAUACUGACAUGCCAGAGGGGUGGUACCCGCACAGUCAGUGCCCCACCCAAGUUGUCAGCCUGGGUUCAGGCAGGUUUUGAGUCACCAACUUCGUUGAAACUAAGGACUUCGAUGAGCGCUGCGGCCAUUCGUUGGUUGACGACAUAUUUGCUGUCUUCACCGGCAUGGAGCUAGUGUUACCCGGCAAUGACAAUGAUGAGGGCAAAGCCAACAGCAACAGCAAGGGCGACUACAAAGGCAAUGCCAAUGGGAACGGCAACGGGAUUGCUGGUGUGCGUAUGAUUAAGCAUAAAUCCAGAUCUUGCAGGAGUCACGGCACCA